AUGGCGACCGUCGGGCCGUACAACGCCGCCACACCUGACGAGAAGAAGGAGCCGAUGAGGCCGCUCGCCCACCCAUCCCCGUCCGUCCACCCGGCGACCGACGGCGAUGUCGAGGUUCAGGAGGCCACCGCCACCAAGCGAGGGCGCUCGACCGCGCAGUACCUCGGCAAGCGCCGGCGCGCGCUGUGCUGCUGCGGGUGGUGCGUCGCCUCCGUGGCCGUCGUCGGGAUCGUCGUCCUGGUGCUCGCGCUGACCGUGUUCAAGGUGAAGGACCCGGUGUUCACCAUGAACCGCGUGACGCUGGAGGACGUGGACGGCGACUUGCUGGGCGCGGACGGGACGCGCCCGGUGUCGGUGAACGCCACGCUGAGCGCCGACGUGUCCAUCAAGAACCCGAACGUGGCGUCCUUCAGGUACGGGCGCAGCGAGACGGACUUCUACUACGGCGGGGAGACGGUGGGCGUGGCGUACGCGCCCGACGGCGAGGUGGGCGCCGGCCGGACCGCGCGGAUGAACGUGACGCUGGACGCGCUCGCCGACCGGAUCGCCCCCAACGUCAGCUUCAUCGACCUCGUGUUCGGCCGGGAGUACGACCUCAGGAGCUACACGGAGAUCAGCGGGAGGGUGAGCGUGCUGGGGGUCUACAAGAGGGACCUCCACAUCAAGGUGAACUGCUCCAUCACCUUGGAGGUCAGCAGCGCCUUUAGCUCGGUGGAGAGCAAGACGACGGACUGUGUUGCAGACGUCAAGUGAGCACUUGUCCCUUUUUGGACUAGGACUGUGUUCAUAGUAGGAGUAUAUUUUUGUUCUACGGAUCCUAGCUCCAUUUCGUUUUCUUUCACCUUUUUCGGAUAUAGAACCUCCAUUUCUAUGGCCCAGUUAAGUAUUGUUGUGUAAUUAUUACUGUUUUCAGGUGGUUGCCAUGCCAUUGUAUCACUGCGCUCAACUUUAUGAAGGGCUA